GUGGAAAAGUGCAGGUUGAGAACAGUGCAUGUGUGUGCGUUUAUGUGUGUGUCCGUGUGCAAAGGAAAGCACCUCGAGGGGGUGGGAGGUGGCGGUGACUGGGGGACAAGGUGAAGGCAACAGAACAGCGGACAGAGUUUUCUGGGGGAAGCAGUUUGUGUGGAGAUCCAGACGAGGACAGUCGAAGCGCGCCGGGUGCUGCUUCGCUGCGCGUCGUGGACACGAUUGUUGAGCUGCGUGCUGCCCUUUGAUUACCGGUGCUGGUGAGACUAGAGGGUGUCAUUCCCCCAGAGGGAACACUGAAGGAACACCAUGGCCUUAGCGGGAUGCCCUGACUACUUCUUACGUCACUCAAACUACCAGGAAAGCAUGGACCACACUUCUCCCCGCAGACCUGAGGAGCUCAUUGUUCCAGGCUUUCAGCGCUCGGCCAAUCAAAAUUUGCCACAUCACCAUGAUGAUGAUGUGGACCUGGAGCAGCUGGUGAAUGACAUGAAUUCCUCCAUGGAGAGUGUGUACUCUACGCAGGCAGACACUGCGCUGCUCCUGAACAACGGCCAUGCGCACCCUUCACACCACCACCACCACAUACACCCUGCCUACACGGGACAUGGCCAGGCCCACCGUCGUCACACCCCGCCCCUGCCUCCUUCCUCCCCCUCCAGGGAGAGGCUGCGGCACUCUCAGCCGAUGCACAUCCAGGCCGUCAGGUGCCUGCAGGAAGAGCAUCAGCUGCGUCCAGCCUCCCUGCCUGCCAUCCCCAACCCUUUCCCUGAGCUGUGCAGCCCAGCCAGCUCCCCUGUCCUUAGCCCCACACAGUCCUCUGACAACCAUAUAGUGAAGGUGUGGAGCGAGGAUGGGGCCAGUAAAGUGGUGGAGAUCCCGGCAGACAUGACGGCCAGAGAUGUGUGUCAGCUCCUGGUCUACAAGAGUCACUGUGUGGACGACAGCGCCUGGACGCUGGUGGAGCACCACCCCAUCCUCGGCCUUGAGCGAUGCCUGGAGGACCACGAGCUGGUGGUUCAGGUUCAAGCCUCCAUGAGCAGCGACAGUAAAUUCCUCUUCAGGAAGAACUAUGCCAAAUAUGAAUUCUUCAGGAGCCCCCUGAACUUUUUUCCAGAGCAGAUGGUAGCUUGGUGUCAGGAGUCUGAUGGCUCCAUCCCUCAGUCACAGCUCUUACAGAACUUUCUGAACUCCAGCAGCUGUCCAGAGAUCCAGGGCUAUCUAUAUGUGAAAGAGUCCGGACGCAGGUCCUGGAAGAAACUCUACAUGUUCCUGAGACGCUCCGGCCUCUACUACUCUACUAAAGGAACAUCCAAGGAGCCCAGACACCUGCAGCUGCUGUCAGAUCUGGAGGACAGUAACAUCUUCACCAUCAUUACUGGCAGAAAACUCCACAACGCUCCCACAGACUAUCAGUUCUGCAUCAAGCCCAGCAAAGUGAGGAGUGACUGUAAGGAGCUGAAGAUGCUGUGUGCAGAGGACGAACAGAGCCGGACGUGCUGGAUGACCGCCUUCAGACUGCUCAAAUAUGGGAUAGUACUUUAUCAGAGCUACAAUGGUCCCCAGCAGAGGAAAUCUAACCUCUCACCCUUCUCUGCUCCUGUGUUAAGCCCUCUUUCUUAUUUGAUGCCUGCAACACAUUCCAAAACAGCUGGGACAGGGGCAAGAAAGACUGAGAAAGUUGUAGGAUGUUCAAAAAACGCCUGGAACAUUCUACAGGCUGCACUGCAUUAA